AUGAAGGAGACGGACGUAUUUAUGCAGCAGCUUGUGGACGACCUCAGUUUCGAGGAGUACAGCGGUGCUUUGCCCGAGGGAGGAACUUCUGCAGAGGACAAUUUGUAUCCGACGCCUCCCCUGGACUCGUCGCUCGCGCAGAUAUUCAAUGAUUCGCGCUAUAAUGGGCAAGUUCCACGCUACUGUUUGGAUGAGCCGAUGCCUUGCGACGCCGUCGAUCUCAAUGCCCAAUUUGAGCACUUUAUCGACCAAAACGGACUGGAAAAGAAGAGCACGCAUGCAGACAUAUGCAAAGAAAACCAAGACACAUCGCCGGACUCGAACUAUAACUGGAGGCAGGUGUUGGAGGUGGGGAUUCUGGACGCGCUGGAGUCACCGCAGACCACUCCCCAACAGCCGUGCGAAAAUCUGUCUCUGGGACAGGAAAAGACGCCCUGUCGCGGGCUGGACUUUUACCGCAUACGGAACAACAUCAGCAUCCGCGCGUUCGAGGCUUUCAACAAGCCAGACUCAAAGUAUAUCUAUCAGGAGAACAGGAAGUACGGCACGAACUUGUACGAGCCGGCGGUGAACCGCAAGCUGAAUCCGCAGCUGCUGGGGGACGAGGCAGGCAUGGCCUCGCGCAAAAAGAGCGCCAACACGGGCAACUUCGCUCUGUGUCCGUUCUGUCCCAUGACACAGGAAAAUAGCAGAAACGAGUUCCAGAAACUGUUUUUCAAACGCAACGACAGCAACUAUCUCCACCACAUGAUCCAGUUCCACGGGGUGUUCUCGAACGGCCGGCUGGUCAAGGACCCUGCAAAACGGGGCUGGCUUUUUUCCAAAGAGACAGCAGAGCCUGUGGAGGUGGUGGAGUGCCCGUAUUGCUCGGAAUGCAUCACGCUCAAAAAGUACAAGGCCUCGAACCCAAACGAACACCGGCUACUCAAGUAUCUGCGGCACGUGAAAGAGCACCACAAGACGGGCAAGAAUCUCCAGCAGGUAACGUUUUCGUCGGAGAAAGCGAGUCUGUGA